UAUUUGAAUCAAUUAAACCGGGCAUCCAUCCUCUAAUCCUCUUCUAGUCUUUGUGUAAAGACAGGUAAGACACUGGCGGGAACAAUAAACUUAUAAACCACAAACCCUACUACCCGUACAUACACUCAAACUCUCUUCGCCUGAAAGCCCGAAAUGCCGUCGUUUCCUCCGGUAGGUUCAGUCACCAUCUGCGAAAUCAAUCGGGACCUCAUUACCGCCGAUGAAAUCUCCGAGGAUCGUGCCAGGGAGGCAUACGGCAAGCUUCUUGGAGUAGUGUUCAGCCCGGUUCCGUUUCAAUUUGAGAAUCUGUCCGGUGGUGGGGUGAGCACUCAGCUCGCCUCGGAAGAGCAGAAGAGUGGUUUUCUGUGGGCAGCAUUGAAGGCUGUGUCUACCCGUUCGAUUAACCAUAUUUUUCACCCAAUAGAUGUAAAAUUGUUGCCUGGUGUUGAUAUUUGUGGCCUAAGUUGGCACCAACACAAACAUAUGUUUGCAUUUAUUUCUGGACCUCACCAGGUGACAGUCUGUGAUUAUGAGGAUUCAGAUGGGAAGAAUCCUUGCAUUUUGAUCAAUGAAUCCCAAAAAGAUGUUAAAACACUUGAGUGGAGACCAAAUGGUGGAAGGACACUUUCUGUCGCAUGCAAGGGUGGCAUUUGCAUAUGGGCUUCUUCAUAUCCAGGCAAUGCAGCUUCAGUGAGAACUGGAGUUACCUUGGGCACUCUCUCUAGAGGUUCAGGGACUAGGUGGACUCUUGUGGAUUUCCUUCGAAGUCCUGAGGAUGAACAAGUUAGUGCACUGUCAUGGAGCCCUAGCGGAAGAUAUUUGGCAUCAGCUUCAUUUGAGAGCUCAUCCUUCACUGUAUGGGAUGUUGCUCAAGGAGUGGGCACACCGAUUCGGCGUGGCUUAGGGGGAAUAUCAUUGCUCAAAUGGUCGCCAUCUGGAGAUUAUUUUUUUGCUGCAAAAUUUGAUGGGACAUUUUAUCUCUGGGAGACGAACACAUGGACUUCAGAACCAUGGUCUUCGACAAAUGGCUUUGUCACAGGAGCAGCAUGGGAUCCUGAUGGUAGUAAGAUACUUAUUUCGUUUUCUGGUUCCUCAACAUUAGGUUCCAUUCACUUUGCCACCAAACCUCCAUCACUGGAUGCACAUCUCAUACCUGUUGAGUUGCCAGAGAUGCAAUCCCUGACUGGCAGUGAAGGUGUUGAGAAGAUAGCAUGGGAUGCCUCUGGAGAGCGUUUGGCUUUAUCAUACAAAGAUGGGGAAGAAGCAUACAAAGGCCUUAUAGCAAUAUAUGAUGUUAGGAGAAAUCCCCUGAUUUCCGCAUCCUUGAUAGGUUUUAUUAGAGGUCCCGGGGAUAACCCAAAGCCAGUAACUUUUUCAUUUCAUGACAAGUUCAAGCAGGGACCAUUGCUUUCAGUGUGUUGGAGCACAGGAUUUUGCUUAACAUAUCCCCUUAUUUUUCGUUCGCAUGUUCUUCCAUAAUCAAGUGAUGCAGUUUACAUAGAUUGCCCCCACAUAUGUAGUUUUCCGUAUAUUGAAUGUACUGCAUGAGCUAAUGCAGACCCAGACGUCGAGGCAAUCGGAAAAUAUUGCUAUUUCUGCAGCUAGAGGAAGUGAUAAACAUCCCAAGUGCUGCAAGAAGGUGGUGUUUCAUGCCCUUAAUGUAAAGGAGUUGGAAAUGUGGUUUUGCUUCAACUCACAGUUGUGCUGAUUCAGCUGAAGUAUGCUCAGUUUUUUGUGGAACUAUAAUUUUUCUCCUUUCAGAACCAUUCCGAGACUAAUUCCUUGUAUGCUACUCUUUUUCUUUGAAAAUAAUUACAUAUUUAUAUUUGUUGGUUUUUAGUUUUCCUUUGAUAUUGGUCGGAGUUAAAUCCCAUUUGGGGGAAAUAAAAUGGAAAGUAUGGCACUCCAUGUUGGCAAA